GUAUAUGUUUAGGGCUCUGUGUUAUGUGAGACUAUAUGGUUAUGUGAAUCCAGAAUGGAGGGAAGCAAAAUUCCUGUAUUAUACCACUACCUCUUAUGUUAACAAUACCAAAGCCUUAAUGCGGUCGCACAGAUUCAUUAUGUUAAUAUGAACCUUUAAUCACAUCCUCUAAUACAGUAGGUCCUGUCUGUUUAGCAUUCGUGUGCAUCAUUGUGUUGAGCCUCUACUGAGCUGAUGUGAAAGAAAACAUCCUGCCCUGCAUGUAUGCUCUCUGACUUACAGUACGUGUGUGAAAUGUUAGCGUCAUUUAUGAGGUUGAAAGCUUCUUCCAGCAAGGUUUGUGGCGCAUCGACCCCUCCCCCAUCCGCUUCAUUCCAGCGCAAAGCAGCGGCAGAGCAGAAUAGAGCUCCGUUUCAGCACUGGACAGCUCCAUUUUACAGCUUAAUUAGCUCCAUCAGCGCCAGCCAAAAGCCACGAACAAAAGCGUAAAUAGAUCAUUUUAACCACAUCGUGUAAACAGAUACACACACUGACCUGGAUGUGGUCUGUGUUGCGUUUUGCUCCAUGCGCUCUGCAGCUUUUUCGGAUAAAGCCUGCUGUCAUUUACUGACAUUUGGCACAGCCUCGGUGGAUUGUUCCCCUGCGUGUGUUGUUGGAAGGAAAUGGUUCAUCGUUUGAUGCAGCGCAAAUAUUCACAUUCAGGCUCAUGUGGAUCAUCGGGAGGAAAAAAUCAACGGCCUGCCGUGAUGAGCAUUCACACCACGCACUGAUGAGUCGCUCCGAGCUGGAGGAGCACAUCUGUUCGUUUGUAGCCUUCUAACAUGUGCAGAGGUCCAGAGAGCCUUUUUGCUCUAAAGGAAACAGCACUAAUACCCGCAAGACGACUCUAAUUUAUCUGGGACACAUCCGUUUUAAUGCAAAAGCCAGCAGCAUCUUCGGGAUCGAGAGGAUGCCCGCUGCUCUUGCGCUCCUGAUCAUGUCCGCGUCGUAUUUCAGCCCCGGUUUUGCUCUAAGCUCGCAUUUUGAUUCAGAUGGUGUUCCUCUGAGUGAGCUCUCCUGGUCGUCCUCUCUGGCUGUGGUGGCUGUGUCUUUUUCUGGCCUCUUCACCUUCAUCUUCCUCAUGCUGGCCUGCCUGUGCUGCAAGAAAGGAGAGAUUGGAUUUAAGGAGUUUGAGAAUGCAGAGGGAGAUGAAUACCAGGCCGACAUGUCCACGCUGGCAUCGCCAGCCUCUGCCGGCAGCCCUGACGUCUACAUACUGCCUCUGAGUGAAGUCUCACUGCCUGUCGCCAAACAACCCAGCCGCUCAGUCCAACUCCUGAAGUCAACAGAUGCAUCUCGCCACAGUUUACUCUACAUUAAAGAGAUUGGGCAUGGAUGGUUUGGCAAGGUGUUGUUGGGGGAGGUAACCUCUGGUCUCAGCAGCACUCAGGUGGUGGUGAAAGAGCUCAAGACAAGUACCAGUAUUCAGGACCAGAUGCAUUUCUUGGAGGAAGCAAAGCCUUACAGAUCUUUGCAGCAUCCUGCUCUAGUGCAGUGUUUGGCUCAGUGCACAGAUGUCACGCCCUAUCUGCUGAUCAUGGAGUUCUGUCCUUUGGGUGAUGUGAAAGGUUAUCUGCGUAGCUGCAGAGCAGCAGAGUCCGUGACUCCUGAUCCUUUACUCCUUCAACGAAUGGCUUGUCAGAUUGCUUCUGGCCUUCUGCAUCUCCACAAACAUGACUACAGCCACAGUGAUCUGGCUUUGAGAAACUGCCUUCUGACAUCAGAUAUUACUGUCAAGAUUGGAGAUUAUGGUCUUUCACACAGCAAGUAUAAGGAUGAUUACUUUGUGACAUCGGAUCAGUCCUGGGUACCAUUACGUUGGAUUGCCCCUGAAUUGGUGGAUGACGUUCAUGGCAACCUACUGAUGGCAGACCAAACAAAACAAAGCAACAUUUGGUCUCUUGGGGUAACUAUCUGGGAGUUGUUUGAAUUGGGGAAUCAGCCUUAUCGACACUACUCUGACAGGCAGGUCCUCAGUUUUGCUGUGAAGGACCAACAACUUAAACUGCCAAAGCCGCUGCUUCAGUUUCCUCUUUCUGAUCGCUGGUAUGAAGUGAUGCAGUUCUGUUGGCUUCAGUCAGACCAGAGGCCUAAUGCUGAGGAAGUUCACCUACUGCUCAGUUACCUGUGUGCCAAAGGUGCCAGUGAGGCAGAAGAAGAUUUUGAGAGGCGCUGGAACUCAAUGAGACCUAACAUGACUCAUAUCAGUGUGCAUGGGGCUGGUCCCCUGACCCUGGAGAUGCCACAAUCCUUGACAGUCUCAUCCUCAUUCCCCUUACUGGAGCAAUUUUCAGCUGGUGAUGGCUACCAGUCAGAGUCAGGAGAUGACAUUCUCACAGUUACUGAGACCAGUCAUGGUCUGAACUUUGAGUACAAAUGGGAACAUGCAAGAGCUAAACAGCCCUAUCCCUCCUCAUCCACCACCGGAACAUUAGGUCAAGGGAAUCCCCAUUGCCAUGAGGUCUAUUACCCUCCAGGAGGUAUGGUAGGUGGAUGUGGGAUUGAUGGACUCACCUUAGGUGUCUCUCCCCAAUACUAUGACCCUAAGCAGUUACACACUCCAGGUGUUGUUCCAGUUCUCAGUGCACAUAGUCCAUCAGUGAAUAGUGAGUACUACAUUCAUAUUGAAGAGCCAGUAGAAUGCAAUAUUGACAUGGAAUACACAAUGUGUACAUACAGCCCUGAAUUUGGGGGAAGAAGUGGCUUUCUCACUGGUGGUGGAGACUCAGGGGACUGUAUGAACUGUCCUUCUAAAGGCAAGCCAAUUGAAACAUACUGGUCAGCUGACAUCCAUAAAAGCAGUGCCUAUGAUUCAGACAGCAGUCCAACCAUGUCCCUAACUAUGGAGCCACUUCUAGGUCAGGUAUCUGAUUCCAGCCCACCAAGGCCUUGGGAGUCUGGUCAUUAUGUAUCAUACAAAGACAGGGAUGGAGGCUACUACUAUGAAAACUCACCACAGCUGGGUAUGGAUCACUACCUGAUUGGAGGCCCGUCAGAACCCAUGAGGGAAAGCUGGGGGUCUCGAAGCCUAAGACGGGCACUGGGUGAGCUAGAAGAACCUUUGGGGAUCUCACCCUCGCUUGGCAGCCCCCCACAGGGCUAUGGUGACCCUUACCUAGAGAGCAGCCAUGGGUCAGUAAUUGGGAAGAAUGUAACUGGAGGAUACUAUGACAUGAUGGGUUCUUUGAGAAAGACCAUGCCAGGGAACCACUCAGUGUGUAUUGACAUGGAAUCAGGGGGAGCUGUGUUUGUGGGGCAAGAUGACAGUGACUCAGAAGAGGAGGAUCUCUUCAUUGAAAGGCAGGCAAUGGGCUGGUCCACCAACCACUCAACAAAAAGCAAUUUGAGCUUGGCUCAGAGACAGUCAUCAAAGCAAGAUGCAUAUGUAGACUUUCAUUACACUAUGCCAAUGACUGAUGUUGAGGAUGCGUGGCCAGAGAACCAUAGUCUCCCAUACCGCUCUACCAAAACUCAUAACUACCUGGAAAGCAGAGCCAAAAGCAACACCUGCCCUGUGCAUGGCAGACAAGCAUCAGUAUCCUCAGCAGACUGCAGCUCCUAUAUUCAUCUAUGUCAUGAACCCAGAGAAGCAGAGGUGUACCCUGUACCUUGUUGUCAGGCUUUGAGCAAUUCCCAUUUUGUAGAUCCUCUUACAGGGUCAUUAGUAAGAAAUUGUUUCAUGAAUGACAAUAUUUCAGACAAAAACACAGCCAUACCCAGCAGGAACCCACAGGUAGGCCAAGCUGCCUUGCCUAUUGGACAUUUAAUUUCCAAAUCAGAGGCAACAAAAAACCAUUUAAAACAGAUGGAACACCUAGAAUAUGUUGACACUGAGGUCAGAGAGGGAAUCUAUACACAAGACAGUACUGGACAACAAGAUACUAGUCAAAUUAGCAUGAAAACAGAGGUUUUAACUAUAAAUCAACAAGUGGAGAAACCCCUUUCUGAGAUCUCUUCCAAAGAGCCUGAAUCAGACAGAAGCAGGAUGGUGGACAGUGGCGUGGAACAUGGAGAUUCCAGCACCAGCCUGGUGGAAAUUGACAAUUGUAGUGAUGAUGACAUCACAGAUGUCACCUCUGGGAUUUUUGGUGACUUCCCAGGAGAUUAUGCUGAGACAGCUGACUACACCUCCCCUUCAUUCAAGUCAUUGCAGAAGCAAGUAGGCACACCUGACUCCAUGGAUUCCAUAGACCUACCAUCUACUGCAGGCUCCAGUGAGACUCUGAGCCCAACCUCUCUCCAUCCUUCAAAUUCACCUAAAGCUGUGGAUAGUGGCUAUGACACAGAGAACAAUGAGUCUCCUGAAUUUGUCCUCAAAGAACCCCAUGAACCACAAGACACCAAAACCUUUAUCCAGCCAUUGGGGAUGUCAGCCGCUGACUCAAGUCCAGUCAUGGAAGCAAAACAAGGAGAUGGGGCUGACACACCACAAAAGGAUAUGGAGGAUGUGGAGGAAGUAGUCACAAUAAAAACAUCUCAGAGCACUGAAAGGCUGACUGUAUUAAGUGAGGAAACCCCAUACAGAGAUUCUGCUUACUUUUCUGAUACUGAUGCAGGGAAAGAGAAAGAUAGUGAUGAAGACAGAGAGAAAGGUAUUGAUGAUCUUGAGAGGAAGGAGGAGGAAGCAAUGCAAGCAAUAGACCAAAAAACACUACCAACACCAGCUGUAGAACAAGACAAAGAAAAGUCAAAUGUUCUGGAGACAGAAGAAAACAGGGAAAAUUUCUACAAUGAUAUUCAGGAAGAGACUGAAAAAGCUCUACCCUCAGAGGAAGAUGAAAAGGCUUUCCCUAGUUCCCCUGAACCUAUUAUUUCUUCUAUUUCUCCUGAGAUAUGUGAAUGCCCUUUAAGCGACACUGUCCAGGAUGAAGGCUUUGACUUGAAAUCAGAUGACCCUCAAGAAGUGCCAUCUGAGAAUCAGUUAUCUGAUUUAUUUGCCUUGCCAUUUUCUGAUACCAAGCAAGAAACUGAGGAGCCAGACACCCCCCUUGCUUUUGAACCAUCAGUGGCUAAAAGUUUAGUUGAGGAUAAUGAUGUUGAGACCGGUCUUGAUAGGUUUAUCAGUGCAAAUGAAGUUAACCAGGAAAAGAAAGUUACUGAAGAAGCAGCAUCCAGCACAGGUUCAGAGACACUAUCAGCUCAGGACAACAAUGAUAAAGUGGAGAUACUUAUAUCUGACUCAGCCAAGAGUGUUUCUACAGAUAAUAUUGUGGACAAGCCUGAAACUCUAGACAGUAAUGCAAAAUUUCGAGUUCAGUUUCACAAGACCUCCACUCGUCCUACUUCUCCUCCUCCCCUCCCAUCACUUGAGGGACGAGUGUCCCAAGUGGAGAGAGGAGAAGCUGAUGAUGAGGACAGGGAUUCAGACGACAGUGAUGAAUCAGACGAGGAUCUGCGCACCUACAGUAUCCAGGAGCAGAGUGAGGAGAGUGAGGAUGAAAUCUUUCCAGUGCCCAUCAUUGUGAGUGACUGUAGCGAUGCACACAAACUCCGAAGCAUCCUCAAGAUGCCCAGCCUGUGUAGCGAUAACCUUAGUGAUGAGUUAGAGUCCAAGAAGAAGGUGGUGUCCUUCUUUGAUGAUGUUACUGUCUACUUGUUUGACCAAGAAAGUCCAACCGGAGAAUUAUCAGAACAUGCUUUCCCCCUGGGAGGUGAGACAAGCACACAGGGUGCAAGGUGCACAGUGUCAAACCAACAGGAAAAGGCCAAUUCUACUGAUGACUCUUCAGAUGGAAACAUUUCAGAAGAAAGUACAGGCUAUGAGUGGGAUGAUGAUUUCUCUUUGCUGCCACUACCCACCUCAUCAGAGGAAUCACCCCCAGACAGCAAGGCUAAACCAAGCUUUCCACCCAGUGCCACAGAUAACAAGCCUGUAGUGCAAUUCUCACGUUUCACAGUAUCUCCAUCCCCAAUUUCACGUUUCUCCAUCACCCAUGUUUCUGACUCAGAUAUGGAUUCUGCAGGAGGAAGCAGUGAGGAUGGGGAUAGAGAAUGAGCACUACACACCACUGCCUAUGGUGGAGUGCUCUGCAUGGAUCUCUUUUCUUCACAUAUUGAAAAUGAUACUAUUUCAGAAAACAUCUGGGAUCCCAUCAAGGACAGAGCCUAUUAUUGUUUGCAACUAGUUACACAAUGGUCCUUAAUGAACCAAUCACAAAUGAACGCAUCUGUGUCCAUAUGCUUCUUAAGAAGAAUAUUAUAAAUCGUGAAAAUCCCAAGUAAUACCAUAUUUGUUAAAAUCCUACCUAUUUUAAAAACUAGUGACAAUUUUGAAAGAACUACAGUAUAUGUAAAGUGAAAACAUGGGAUCUUUAUAAACGUCAUCACAUAUUUUCAUGAAUCAUGGGUAUGAUCUUGAAAUUAAUGAUACAAUCAACAUUUUUUUUUUUUCCAGAAAAAAAUUGUAAAGCAAAUCAAGAGACUUUUUUUUCCAAGGACUUCGUCUUUGACUGUGAAGUAAUGAUGAACUAAUGAACAAUGUUGCUAACAAUGAUUUAUGUUGCUAAAGAUAGAGAAAUUAAGAGAACAUACUGUUUGUCAAUGGCUGAUUUUGUUAGGGUUUUUUUUUUCUUUUUUUUUGAGAACACAAACACCUUCUUUUUACAUUCUAUUUAUUUAAUUGGGCAUCAGAGCAACAGCCUUGUGCCUAUGUCAUAUAACAAAAAGUGGCAGACUUUUACAAGCUGCUUAAAACUGUUUGGGAGAGAGGAUCACAUAGCUGCCUUGAGUCAGCCAUCUACUUGUAAGUAGCAGAUUAUACAGGGUCAUGAAAUAUCAUGAGACUUAGACCAGCUCCUUUGUGUGAUUACAAACAAGAUCUCUAAUUAAAUUCAUAUCUUUUUUCAUUGUCUUAGAUUUUUGGAGAGGCAAAGUUUGCCUGGUUGAUGAAUAUAGUUCUACGAACUACUUUUUCAGUAUUUACUUUUUAUUUUCAUUUAAAUUACUGUAAGUAUCAUGCAAAAAAGCUGAAUGGUUUUCAAAAUCAUGUUUUACUGUCUAGCCUGGCUUGGUUAAGCUUUAAUAACCUCAAUUCUGUCUUCAAUAGUGCUUUCAGUAACCCAUAACAUAAAAUCUUAUUUAGAAAGUUUUCAUUUUUGCCCUAGAACGAGAACUGUUAAACAAUCCCAAAAUGGGAAAAACAACCCGAUCAUUUUAAAUGCUUGAGAACAUAUCAAAGGAAUUGUUACUGGACACUUUAGUCCUUUAGUCUAUAAAACAUGCAUUUUAUGAUGAGCAUGUAUAACGGAUGCUGUACAUGUCUGCUAUCUUAUGAGGACCAGAGCUGGGAUGUGUUAUGCUUAGGGUGUUUAUAACAAUUUUUUAAUUUAAUACAUGAUGCCUGUCUUGUGAAUUUUGAGAAAUUUUUAAAGAACUAGAAGGAAGAAAGACAUAUACUAAUGGCAUUUAAUGCACAGCCUAUGGACAACGUAUUGUUAUGGUUAUUUAUUAGAAUAGACAGAAACUACUGAACAAAAUGUACUGUACUGUUUUUAAGUUGCAGACUUACUGUCAAAUAUAAGUUUCAUUUUCUUGUGAGCAUUGUUGGAGGGAGAUAUUUUCUCUCUUUGUAAGAAAUUGUUUGAGAAGAUAAAGAGGAAUUUAAUGAACUCUGCAGAUUUCUGUACUCUGGACCCCAAGCUAGCCAACAGAAGUUGGAAAGAAAAGAAAUAUAUUGUCCUAACAAUCCUCUUAUGUUCAAUGUUUGUUUGCCUCUUAUGGCAUCACUGUUCUAAAUAGGUUAGCCUAGAUUGAACUAGACAGCAAUCUGUACUAUUUUUGUAUUCUAUGAAACAGUUUGAAAAUCCUAAACUGUAUUAUAAUGUUGCUGGACUAUAAGAGUUUAUCAUCAUAUAUCUGCUGCCAAAGAGAAGCAUUCUACUGGUACACAUGAGGUUGUUGGCUGAAAUUGCUGGACACCAACAUGACUUGAUAAUCAUGGGGUGAUGGACAAUGUUCUUGAUUGUAACUUGUGACUGUCUUCAUAUGAAAUCCAGCAAAAAGGGUCUCAGUCAUUUGAAAAUGAUUAUGGUGAUUUAUGGUGAAGGAAAUUUUGUUGUGUAGUGUAGUGAGCAAAGAUGUGGUUGAAUGAUGGUAUGGAGUAGGAAUCUAUAAAGAUAUAAAUUGGUUAGAGUUAAAUGUUAUGUGAAGGUUCCCAUAAAUAUCUGUCCCUCUUGGGUGUCACAUGAUCAGUGACUGUACACAAACAAACAAAAAAUGAAUAAAUUAAUUGUUCGACAUCUUUA